AUGCUGGACGUGAGGGAUAAGGCAAACUCAUCCUCGCUCGCUCUCUCUCUCUCUCUCUCUCUCUCUCUCUCUCUGUGUUCUGUCGCGCGCUCUGCGCUGUGUGGCUCGACUGCAGCUGGAGCAGCCUCGCGACGUCGCGGGGAGCGGCGAGCAAGUGGCUCAGAGCUCAUCUGGCCUGACUGUCUGAGAGCUCCUGGCGCUUAUUUUGCCUUUGCUGCCAGCGUUAUCUGGGACGAGCAACAAGAACCGUGCCAUCACAAGGCGGGCUGGCCGGGUGAGCGGCGGUUCAACGCACGCCUUGGCGUCUCUCGCGCCUGUGCGAUGGAGGUUGAUCCGGUAUCUCUAUGUGAGAUUCCCACGGCAGAGAAGCGCCGUGACAACAACGGGCGCAACAAGCACUAUGUGUAUGAGGUGGUCGUCACACAUGCCUCGGGCUUGGUCGUUCGCGUCUGGCGCCGCUACAGCCAAUUCGACGCCCUGCGCGAGACGCUUCUCAAUCUCAUGGCCAACCCAGAAGCCAUCCCUCGUCUCACACGCAAGAUUUACUUGAAGCGUAGCGGCGUUCAUGAAGUUGCCCUCUAUCGACAGCCCAAGCUCAAGGCGUUUCUGGACACCCUUGUGCGCCUGGCCCUCGACGAUCGUCAAAUCGCCACCACGCUUAAAUUCUUCAUUACCCCUACAGGCGCCGAUCAACAACGCGCCGUCCUUGCGGCCAACCCCGAAGAUGUUUUGGUCUUCCCAGACGAAGUUAGCCUGGGCCUGUCGAACAGUAGCAACGGUGGCACCGUCACCUUGCGUCCCAAGCGAGCCUCGCACCCCUCCGCCUCAUCAACGCCGUCACAGCAAAGCCCGCUGGCUCGGGUAGUAGCGGACUACGUUGCCCAGGAGCAGGACGAGAUGACCGUGCGUGUGGAUGACAUUAUCGAGGUUUUAGUACAGUACGAGGAUGGUUGGGCUGAGGUUCGCUAUCAAAACCGCGAAGGGUUGCUCGGGAGGGACUACUUUGAGCUGAUUGACGAAGCCCAUGAAGGUCCGGCCCGAGCGUCGAUGCUCGAGCUGGCCGGUCCCAAGGCACCAAAACCCAAAAACCCUCUCGAGGAGCUCCUCAUGACGGAGCGCGACUUUGUCGCCAUGUUGGCCUCGGUUCGCGAUGACUUUUUCGUGCGCCUCCGGGCCGUGGUCACACUACCCGAAGCCAAAACAUUUUUUGGAAACUGGGCUGAAUUACAUCCCCUUCAUGAGCCGCUGCUGGCUGAUUUGGAGGGUGCUGCGCCUGCGGAACUCGAUGGUAUCCUAGCCCGUCACCUAGGCGGCUUUGGUGGUUGCUACGGCCGCUACUGCGCUGGUCUGCCUGCGGCCCAGGCCCUUUACCAAGACAAACUGGAGGACCGUGCCUUUGUACAGUUUGAAGCCAAAAUGCCCCAACUCAACAAACCCACCCUGAAUUACUUUAUGCGCCCCUUUCAGCGUGUUUUGAAGUACCCGCUUCUCAUCAAAGAACUUGGCAAAAGCCUCGACCUUUCCUUGGAGGCCGCUGCUCGAGCCGCCGAAGAACUUGCUCUAUCGGCAAACGAGAGCAUGAACACUGGCGGAGCCUCUGCAGAGCGUCCCAACAUCUCGACACCCGACAAAGCCUCUUUCACACGGGUCGUAUCCAUUCCCAAUGCCGGGGAUACCGACAGCCCUGCGACUGGCCACAGUGGUCCACAACUGCCAGCCUCGCCGGCCAGCAAUGUCAACAAGCACGCAGCCUCAAUUGCCUCGGCACUAGGCGCCAAGUUUGCACCCGGCAUCGCGCCCCCAGCUCAGUCUCGAGUCCCCCCAACAAAAAAGCCGCCGGUACAGACUUCCACGCCCGCUUUACGACCCCCAUCUGCAGGCAAGCCGCCCGGAGCUAGUGCACAACCCCGGCCGCCACCACCCAGCUCCACUCCCGCCCCUCCAGCAUCGGGCGGGAAUCGUGUCCGACCACCACCACCUGAGACUUCGCCUUCUCCGCCGACGCCGUCUUCGGGCUUUGUUAUGCCUGCAUUACGCAAGGUUGGCCGUGACUUGACUUCAGACCACGCUUCUACGGCCCAGACUAAGUCUGAGACCCCGAGCAGCGCCCCGGUGCGCCCAGCAUUGCAGCCCCCCAGUGCCAACAAGCCGCAGACCAACCAAGCCCCACGGACAAAACCUCAACUGCCGAAUAAGCCUGCAGGCUUGGCCGUGCGAGUAGGACUCAAGCCUGCUCCUCCUGCCAAGCCUACUGGCGGCCUUCGUACGUUCCUCCGCUCUCUCGCGAGCUCAUGCUAUUUUCGUUCAACUUGGCUCACUUUUUUUUUUCUCUCUCUCUCUCUCUUUCUCUUGUUCAUUGACCCUGCUGUAACAUGA